ACUAUGGCAAAGUUCUUAGCAACUGUUAAGGCAAUAAUAACGCGCUUGGUAUUUGCAUCGCACGGAUUCAUCGCUAUCUGGCAGGUGACAACGUUCAAGAAAAAUCCGUAUUUCUGGUAUCUGAGCUGCCCUAUCUUGUUGCUGUUUUUCGAGGGUAUUUUCACGCUCACUAUAAAGGAAAAUCAAGAAUGGAAAUGGUUUUGCCCGUCUGUAUUUUUAUAUCUUAGUAGCGUGGUGCCAGCAAUCUGGUUGUUAGAACUGGACAAAGUAGACAGAAGACUGAAAUCUCGUGGAUCGAACAUCAAUAUAUCCGAGAGUUUCGAUUUAUCCAAUCUCGCAGCAAGUGACUUGAAACAUCUGGAAGAAGCUUUGGGCGUUGAUAUCCGAUUACCGGAUAUACAAAUUUCCGCAGAAACAUGGGUCACUCUGAUCGAACAGUUCCUAAUGCUGGUUCUGAUAAUCGGCCGGUGGAUGUUGCCGAAAGGUGAUUUGACCCGGGAUCAAUUAAGCCAGCUAUUGUUAGUCUACAUCGGUACCGCGGCUGACAUCAUCGAAUUCUUCGAUUCCUUCAAGGAAGAUAGGAUAGCAAGGGAGCCCGUGCUCGUAUACCUGACUUUGGGUAUUUGGGCAUGGUCCCUGAUGCAGUUCACGGUUGUGCUGACUGCCACCAAGUCGAGGAAGUCCCGAUUGUCGUCCGGCGUUGCCAGGAAGAAAGUACGAACGGAAACCAGUUGCUGCAGCAUCGACGUAUGGGGAAUCGCUCUGAACAUGAUUCUUCAAGACGGACCGUUCCUGGCAUUUCGUUUGAUAUUGAUAAUUCAUUAUCAGAUAGUUAGUUAUAUGAAUAUAUUCUUUACGUGCAAGAAUACAUUAGUGAUACUGUUGCAACUGUACCGACUUUACGUGGUACAAACUGAGAGCAGGAGUAAACGGAAUAAGAAAUACAGCAAAAGGGAUGUGUCGCAUAUCAGUAUUAUUUCACGAGGUGACAUGUACAAAGAUGUAAGAAUGAAAAGUUCGCGGGAUAAUAAUAGACAUAAGAAUCGACGUGAUAAGGACGUAGAAGCAAAUUAUAGUGAGACCGAAGACUCAAGUGAAGAUAUCGACAAGUUCGAUUCGUCCCCGAAAAAUAUCGCUCGUUCCAAACGAAAAAAUCGCCAGGACACUGGAUACUCGACGUCGAGCUCUCGUAACUCUAAUAAACACGACAAGUCGCGUUAUGAACAUGAAGGAAAGAGAAAGUCACGUAGAGAGGAUACUAGACGUAGCACGUCUGACGAGAGGCAUAAAAGAAGAGGGAAUAGAAAAUCUGAGAAAAGCGAGAGAAAGUCGACAAAGCCCAAGAAAGACGAUGAUUCCGAUAAAAGCUCCAAUCAAAAGUUUAAUAGUGAGAAUGAGUCUUCCAGCGAAGAGCUGUCUGAAAAUAAAAUUAUCAGCGAAGGCAGCGAAUCAGAAUCUGAUAGAAAGAGUGCCCGUAAAUAUACACAUCGAAAGCGCAGGCAAGAUAGAGAUUGA